UUAUUAACCGCAGCUAGUUACCAAACUUUGACCAUGAUUUGAGGUAAAUACUAUUUGGGCGGGAAAAUCUUAAAAUUUAUCUUCCAUCCACUUCCACACCCUCGAAAUGGCCCGUGGCCCCCGUAAACUGAAGCCGUCUCCUAGAAAGACAGGUGGAGAAGAAAUGACAGAGGUGAAGGAAGAAGAAGAAGUUGUUUUCCUGGACGAAUCGUCUUCUGAAUCUGAGGUUAAAAAGCUACGUGAACGAUGGGAACUUGCUUGUGUUCUCAAUUUUUGAACGUGUUUGAGCCAGUUAUUGGAAGUGACACCUGAAGAGAUUGAGAUGGGACUUCUUGAGUCUAAUAGUUCUAAUGCUCAGCUUCACAUUGCUCUGUUAAAGGGGAUACCACCUGUGAGUAAACUAUUAAAUGAUUCUGAUGCAUGGGUUUCUGUACUUCGUAAGAAACUUGCUCUGUGGUGGCCAUGGGUUGCUGAAGGGGAGACUCCAUUAACUGCAGUUAAGGGGUAUGAUGGAAAUACAUCUAUUGGUUAUAGAUUGUACAAGGAAGUAAACAAAACUGGGUUAAAAACCAAAUGUAAAGGAAAAGCAUUUUUAACUCUACCAGCUACCUGUGCACAAUGGAAAACACUUGCUACCUUCUCGAGGAAUUUUGCAAAGUUGUGGAUGAACUGUCAUCUAGCAAAGUUGUGGCAAAAGUUGCUGUUGGCAAGACAAUUGCCAAUGAUGGUAUUCCUGUUGCUGAAGAGUUUCAUAAGAAGAAAGAAAGGUCAUGUAAACGGAAAAAAAAGACAAGAGAUGCUCCUGCUGAAUGGCUUUAGAAAUUCUUUUGCUGUUGGGAUAACUCGUUCUUAUAGGAGUCGUAGGUCUAUCAGCUAUACAUUUGAUGAUUAUGAUCAGGCCAUUGAUGAGGCUAUAGAGCUAUUAAAGAAAUGUGCAACUAGUAAAGAGCAAAGGCAUGGAAAGAGUGCAUUGAAUGAAGGCUCAGUGAUGGAGACAAAGAUGGAAAAGAGUUAUGAUAAAGAAGGUGACUCCACCGGUAGCGAUACUGAAAGUGAUACUUAAAGAAGCUGUCAAUGGAAAUGGUGAUGAUGAAAAUGAAAAUGAUGAUG